UUCGUCAAUGCUUCAUUCUGCAUCUUUAAUUCCUAAAUAGGAUCUGGGAUGACGAGCAUUGCACUAGCGUACUUUGGGGGUGAUCUCCUUCUUGCAAGGUUCUGGUAAUUUGUGCUAGUCACUCGUACAUAUCCUUUUUAGUUGCACUUUGUUGAAGUAUGUCUCCUCCCACUAAUAGGUUGACAAGUAACGCACUCGUCUCAUCUAGUCUUUUGUACAAUGCUUCUGCCACUUGUUUGUUGUUAUAUCCAUUAUGGGGGCAGUUCCAUAUUAAGGUAUUGAAUCUAACCAAUGUCUUGUAGAAUGGCUCUCGUUCCCUUUGGCAGAAUCCGAGGCUACGGGCUUUGAGCUUUGACAGCCCUAGUAUAGCGCAAUGCAAGUAAUAAAAUCCUAGGAGUUCCUAGGGUCGAAUUCCACAAGGUCUUUUAAUAGUAACUACUCAAAACUAACACCCUGUUUUUGAGAUAACAAUGCAAAUAAAUGUAAAAGCAAUGGGUUGAGGUGUUGAUCGAAAUUCUACUCUACUAAAGAAAACAAAAGACAAACAAAGCAUGUAAGUAAAACUAUUAUCUAGGUAGCUUCAUAUUGAUGCUCAUGCAUACAAUCUCAUUAAUAAGAUGCUUCAAUGGGUCAUCUAUUAUGACACUCUAUCCCUUCCACGAAUGCAUUCCUAACCAAGCUUUUGCCACACGCAAAAGGAACAAUAGCUAGCUAAUGUGUGCUUUCGUUUGAUGUCAUCACCUAGCUAACUAAAAAAGCUAAAUUAUACAUUUGAUCACUCAAAUUAUAUGAAUCUUUCACGUUUGCCACCCAAAUUAGUUUUCUUUCUUAUUCGGCACUAACUUUACAAAUCGUUUCACCAUUAGUCACUUGUCGUUAGUCUCCGUCAACUCUGUUAGUUUUUUUAUGACGUGGCAAACAUAUUGCUGACUGGACCAUUAACUAAUGACAUGUCAAUUUUGAAGAAAAAAAAUAAAACAAUUAAUUUACACCUCAUUCUCCUCUUCCCCCUCUCCUGCUAACUGGACCAUUUACUACCAAUUCUUCUUCUUCCUCCCCUUCUCCUGCUGGAACGCCCUCUUCCGGGAAUUCCACCCACCAUGUCAAUGCCUCCCUCACCAUCAGAUCUGGGUCAUGAAGAAAGCUCUGUUUAUUAUCAUAUCCCCUUUCGACCGCUAGUUCAGUCCCACUCCCCAUAGCCGGAAUCCAACCUCUUCGUCACAUGAAAUCCUGAGAUCCAUCCAAGUAAAGUCAAAAUCCCCAAACUCCUAGCUCCAAUUUUGCCACCAGUACCCAAGUUUAAAACCUUUUGUUCUUUUCUGCUUCGCAUUAUGGUUUUGUGCUUCCAACAGCCGCUCUCUAUAGCCACUGGUGUGGGUUCCAUUCCUACGCUUCCUCUAGAGGCUACAUACUCUGCAUUUUUGGGUUUCAAGCCCAGAACUCAUCAAUAACUAGUUCAAUUUUCUGGUGAAUUCGUCAGCGGGAGAGUGAAAGGGAGAGACAAGCAUCAUCGUCGCAUGAUUACCCAUCCUUCGAAGCCAACCCAGAUCUACAAGUCGCUGAGUGAUGCACCUGGUCCAUCUCGCAUCCGAUGAUUGGUGCUUCUCCAUCAAGAUCUGCUCGUCGGCAGGGGAAUCGCUCAGACAGACGGUGGAAAUGACUAUGUCAUUCAUAGCGCUAGCCGCACCAGCCGCCGGCAUCCGGAUCCUUCGCCCCCACCCAUCCACCUUCGUAUGCCUAUCCUUAAUCGACCCCUUCGACGCCACCUCCACCGCCCAUGCCCCUCUCCCUGACACGAUUGCCAAGCUUUUGUUAUUAAUCUCGUUUUUCUAUGCAGAGAAGUCCGACAAUGGCCCAGAUCUGAUGGCAAGGGAGGCGUUGACAUGGUGGGUGGAAUUUCCGGAAGAAAGCGUUGCGACAGGAGAAGGGGAAGAAGAAGAAGUACAGUAGAAGCGAGAAGGAGUUGACAUGGUGGCGCGGGCUGCGGAGGAGAGGGUAUGGUGGAGAUGAUGGAAGUAAGAAGGAGUUGUAGAACGAGGGAGUGAGAGAAUGAGGUGUAAAUUAUUUGUUUUUUUUUUAUUUUUCUUUCAAUUUAUAUGUCAUUAGUUAAUGGUCUAGUCAGCAAUCUGUUUGCCACGUCAUUAAAAAAUUAACAGAAUUGACGGAGACUAACGGUCGGUGACUAACGGUGAAACGAUUCAUAAAGUUAGUGGUGAAUAAGAAAGAAAACUAAUUUGGAUGGCAAACGUGAAAGAUUUAUAUAAUUUGAGUGACCAAACGUGUAAUUUAGCCUAACUAAAAAUAAGGAAGUGAGGAUAGCAUGGUUAAGUGUGGGCCUCUUGAGCCAUAAUAAUUUAUAUAGCAUCGAUGAUCUAAUAAUCAAGCAUUGAUCUCUUAUAAACAUGCAUAAACUAAGCAAGCGUACACAAGGCAAUGAGAUAUCACAAGAAACUAGUUUCCUAACAUCCUAGAUGAUAUUAUAAAUGAUGCAUAUAGUAGCACAUAAUAAAGGUAAAAAAUAUUUAUGGUUAAAGCAUAGAAUGACAUAGGGAAUCGAUGAUAUAAACAAGCCUAUAAAGAUAAAGUAAGGCU